CCUCAUCUUCAUCAUCUUCCUCCUCGGCCACCUCUUCCUCCUCUUCCUCCACCAUGGUCACUAGCUCGAGCACGAGCUCCUCCAAAGUCCGUAGAAUCUCCCAGACAUCCAAGGGCGUCGACGAGCAGGCAGUGGUACAGCGGAAGACCUCAGCUGUUAUGGAGUCUUACAGUCAGGUGCAGAAAUCCCCUGCUAUCCCCCCCGGGGAGUCCAUGCCUGACUUUGAGCUGAAGCCCCGUCCAAUCACCGCACAGGAAGGAGACAAGGUGUCCUUUAAGGGGAAAGUGGUGGGGGACCCAAAGCCCACAGUGACUUGGAAGAGAGAGAAAGGGAAGCCUCUGCCCGAGGCGGCAAUGACUUACUUUGACAGCAUCAAUAAGCAGCAUGUCUUAAAGAUCAAACCUUUAUCCCUGGAGGAUGCUGAUGUCUACAAGUGUGUCGCUUCCAAUGAUCACGGAGAUGCUGUGUAUGCUGUGUCCCUGGUGGUGACUGAGAGUAAGUCCAUGGACUUCAAGAAGAUGCUGAAGAAACGGAAUGUCCAGCCUUUGAAGAGAGAGGAGAAGAAGCCUCCCACGGAGGAGGAGAUGUUGAAAAUCCUGGAGGGAGCCGACCGGAAAGAUUACGAGCGCAUCUGCGCCGAGCAUGGCUUCACUGACUUCAGGGGCAUCCUGAAGAAGCUGAAGGAGAUGAAGAAGAAAGAGGAUGUGGAGAUGGUUAAGAUCCUGAAACCCUUGCAAGAUAUUACAGCGAAAGCUGACUCGAAUGUCAUUUUUGAAACCAUGAUGGAACUGAAAGACCCAAACAUCAAGAUGCGCUGGUUUAAGGAUGGAGAGCUCCUGCGGAUCCAGUACUCUCUGGGGAAGUACGAGGUAAAGCAGUUGGGCACCAAACACAUGCUGUGUAUCACGAGCGUGAGCCUGCGAGACACCGGCACCUACUCCCUCCAGGUCGGAGACAAGGCCCUCAACGCCAAGCUCAGCGUCAUAGACGAACCUUUGAAGUUUUCGUCAGACCUGAAGCCCAUGCGUGUCACCGAGCGGCAGACGGCCGUAUUCGAGGUGCGUCUUUCCAAGAAGACCGACGCGCCAUUCACGUGGAAGUGCAAGGGCAAGGACUUGAAGAGGGACGAGAAGUUUGACAUGUCCGUGUCCGAGGACGGCUUGACCUACACACUGAGGGUCAAGGACGUUCGUCCCAGCGACACCGGAGACUACACCCUGUGUCUGGGCGACUUGACGGCCACAGCCCCCCUCUUCAUUGAAAGAAUUCCCAUAAAAUUUGCCUGCCAUCUGAAGAACGUCCGCGUGAAGGAGAAAGGGAAGGCCCGCCUGGAGUGCGAGAUGAGCUCCAAGGACGUGCACGUGAAGUGGUUGAAGGACGGCCGGGACAUCACCGACGACCCCCGCUACAUCUUCGUGCGCGAGGGCAAACACGCCGAGCUGAUCGUGGAGGACUCUGACCUGGCAGACGCAGGGGAGUACAGCAUCGUCUGCACUCAGGACAAUGAUGCUCAGGAGUAUGUCAGCUCAGCUGAUCUCGCUGUUGAUGAGAGGUUUGCCUCAGUGACGAGUGGCCUGUCAGAUCAGCAGUGUCCCACUGGUUCAGGGGCAGAGCUCUGUGUUGUUCUGAAUGAUGAGAAAGUGGAUGGAGUAUGGCUGAAGGAUGGACAAGAGGUGACGGAGCUGAGCGGGGUGCAGGUGGUGAAGCAGGGCGCCGUGCACAAGCUGCUCUUCAGUGGGGUGGGGGAGGAGCACGAGGGCCGAUACACCUUCAGGGCCAAGGGGGCAGAGUGUGAAGCGGUGCUGGCCAUCGCAGAUCCUCCGGUGAUCGACCCCACCAUGCUGGAGGUGCUGUCCAGCCAGCCGGUGACGGUGAAGGCCGGGCAGACCGCCACCAUCAAGAUCCCCUUCCGGGGCAAGCCAGCGCCGCGGAUCACCUGGUACAAGGACGGCAUCGAGGUGACGGAGGACGAGCGCACGACGGUGGAGCGCGGCGCCGAUCACACCACGCUCACGCUGAGCCACUGCGUGAGGGAGGACAGCGGUGCUAUCGUGGUGAAGCUGAAGAGUGACUGCGGUAUGGCCGUCGCCAACCUGCACCUCAACGUGGUAGACCACCCGAAGCCUCCCCAGAAAGUGGAGAUCCUGGAGAACUCGGCCAAGUGCAUCACCAUGAAGUGGAAGGCCCCGCGUGACAACGGGGGCUCGCCGGUCGCGGGGUUCCUGAUCGAGAGACGCCCCGCGGGCAAGAUGUCCUGGAGCAAAGUUGGCGAGGUGGACAGCCGCACCACCACCUUCUGCAGCAACAAGGUGGAGGAGGGCAAGGCCUACCAGUACCGCAUCCGAGCGCUGAACACCCAGGGCAUGAGCGAGCCACUGGAGACGGAGGAGGUGUUUGCCGGGGUGCCUAUCGAAAAGUAA